AUGGCUGUGAAAGAUUUAGUUUUAGUCACUGGUGGUACUGGUUAUGUUGCAACCUUCACUUUAUAUCAAUUAUUACAAAGAGGUUACCAGGUUAAAACAACUGUUAGAAAUUUAAGUAAGACUGCUGAAUUAGAGAAAGAUUUAAUUAAUUUAAACAUUUAUGAUCAUGUUAAAGCUGAUUUAACUAAAGCAGAGGGAUGGGAUGAGGCAUUAGAAAAUGUUGAAAAUAUCCUCCAUAUUGCUUCUCCAAUUGGUGACAACAACGCUCCUGAGGAUAUUAUGAUUAAACCUGCCGUUGAAGGAACUAUUAGAAUAUUAGAUCUUGCCUUGAAAUAUGGUGCUAAACGAGUAGUUGUUUUAUCAUCUGGUGCAGCAGUGAAGUACAACAAGUUAAAGCCUGAUCCUAAGACUGGUGCUCCAGCUGUUUCUGAUGAAUCUGCUUUCUCAGACAAAGAUCUCGUCCCCAAUACUUAUGCCAAGUCAAAACUCAUGCAAGAGUUAGCUACUUGGGAAUGGGUUAAAUCAACUAAGAAUCAAACCUCACCUAAUCCAGUUGAAGUAACUGUUCUCAAUCCUGUUGCAAUUUAUGGUCCAAACAUUCCUGGUAAAGUUUCACUUCUCUCUUUAAUGGUUAUCAAGGGUUUAAUUGAUGGCAAACAAAAUUUUGGAUCACCAAGACUUUUCAUUAGUGGUGUUGAUGUUAGAGAUGUAGCUUAUUUGAGUUAUAGAGCUAUGAUUGAACCAUUUGCAAAGAAUGAAAGAUAUAUUGUUGAUUCUAAUCCUGAUAUUGAUUUAAGCUUGUAUCAACUUUCUCAGUUAAUCAGAAAACAUUAUUCAAUCCCACAGAAUAACACAGAUGAUAAAGUGGAUUUAUCUAAAUUACCAGUUAGGGAAUUACCAUCUUGGUUGAUUAGAGGUUUAUCUUAUUUUAUGCCUUCUUUGAGACCACUUUUACAUUAUUUAGAUUUCAAGACCCAAACGUCGAAUGCCAAAGCUGCCAAAGCAUUCGAUUGGGAACCUAUUUCACUUAAAGAUAGUGUUGUUGCUUCAAUUAACAGUCUUUAA